ACAGCCAAUAAAAUUUAGAAGAAGAAGAACCUGCUUUUCCGUAAAACGACUACGUAGCUUGAGAAACAAGAACACAUCAAGAAAACGCUGGUUUAACAAGAUGAGCAGUGAAAAAUACCCGCGGUCUUCUAUCGAAGACGAUUUUAACUACGGCACUAAUGUUGCUACGGCCAGUGUUCAGAUCCGUAUGGGCUUUCUAAGGAAGGUGUACACCCUCCUGAGCUUGCAGAUCAUCUUGACCACAGCCACCUCUGCUCUCUUCAUGUUCUCUCCGACCAUCAAGGAGUUUGUUCUCGCAAGCCCGGCUGUGGUGAUGGUUUCAUCUCUGCUCUCGCUGGUUCUUCUGGUGGCUCUAGCUGUGUACAGGCACCAACAUCCAGCUAACCUCUACCUCCUGUUUGCAUUUACUCUUCUGGAGGCGCUGUCUGUUGCCACAGCUCUCACCUUCUAUGAUUACUCCACGAUACUGCAAGCCUUGUUUCUCACCUGUGCUGUGUUCGCUGUAUUAACAGCCUACACCUUUCAGUCCAAAAGAGAUUUCAGCAAAAUGGGAGCUUGGCUUUUCUCCUGUCUGUGGAUCCUCAUCAUUGGAAGCUUUAUGAGGCUCUUCUUCCACAGUGAUGAUGCAGGUCUGUUCCUGGCUGGAGCUGGGGCCUUGGUCUUCUGUGGCUUCAUCAUCUAUGACACCAGCAUGCUGAUGAAGCAGCUCUCUCCUGAGGAGCACAUCUUGGCCUCCAUUAACCUCUACCUGGACAUUGUCAACCUCUUCCUGCACAUUCUCCGCGUCCUCGACUCGAUGAAGAAGCACUGAGUGCUGCUUCAGGAGAGCUGCAAACCCACAAUUUGCCUGUUCAAUGAUAAAUUUAUACUCGUGUGAGUGUUGAUGUUGGUGCACCAAAAAUCCCAUUAUUGACCUUUGUAACUGUUAAAACAAUCGGUGUGUUCUUGGUAAGCUCUUUCUGUUGUUCUCUGCUGUUUGUUUGAAACCCCAAAUUAACCAGCGUUGUGGAUUAUUAUCAGUGAGUUUUUCUGUCUUGUAAAGCCAACAAGUACUCGUCCUUUUAUGGAGGAAGGCCACACUGCCUAAUUUGAUAUGGAGCCAAUGAGCAGCCCGUCUGCUCUAAUGCAGCUCAUUUCUUUUAAAUAGCAGUUCUACACAAACCUUUCCAGUCUUGUUGGUCCAGUUCAUGCAGUUUACAGGUGAAGCCUCACACUGAAAGACGAGCUGGAUCGAUACAAAUGCAGGAAUCACUGGGCCUCGUUCACAGACGCGUGUGCACAAAUCUGAUUGGUCAGUAUUUCCUUUCUGAAUCUGAUUGGAUUCUGAACAGAUUUAGAAACACUUUGUGCGAUGCAAACACAAAAAGAUUUGCAAACAACAUUGGCUUUGUUAGAAAAUCUAAGCACAUCUUUAACAUGAAUAAUAAUUUUGUCAGUACAGUUUUCCAAGACGUAAACCAAACGUGCUCAUAGAACGAUGCUGAUAAGUAAUUAUAGAACCUGUACACCAGGUUAAAAUAAAGGUGAAAAUACAGAAAAGGUCUCUGACCUGUCUGAAAAAGACAGGUUCUGUUUAACUUUCCAGAUCUUUAAAGUAGGCUUAGAGAAAAGCAACACGUCAUGUCACAAUCUAAAGCAACCUCUUGGCGCCACGGCUUUGGCACGAUGUGAACAGGUUGUUGCAAAGAGGAGUGGGCCAGAGUUCCUCAGUGAUAAGAAAGACCCACCGGCAGUUAUCACAAAUGCUUGAUUGCAGUUCUUGCUGCUGAGGGUGAUACGAGCAGUUAUUAGGUUUAAUCGGCAAGUAGUUCAUGACAUAGAUUUAAAUAAAAUUAGAAUUUAAAAACUUCAUUUUAUAUUUGCUCAGGUUAUCUUUUCCUAACAUUAAAAUAUAUGUAUUUAUAUAACUGUUGUACGACAGUCGAUCAUCUGAAACGUGACAAAUACGCAAAAAGAGAAAAAUUAGGAAGGAGGCAAAACCUUUUUGUGCACAUUUGUGAAUGGGCCCGCUGUUUACAUUUUUUAUGCAUAAGUCAGAUUUACUGCUGAGUCACCACAGACCCACUCUCCCUCUGUUAAUGGUCUGCCACAUGAAUACAUGCUGAUUUAGUGUAAAUGAAAUAUCUGUAAAUUCUAAAAUUUUGAUAUUUCCUUUUACUUUUUAAUUUAUGAGCUUGUCUGUAUUGUUUUAAAUUCACUGUUUCAGUUGUUUUUGCAAGUCUAUACAUGAAAAAGACACUUUUUAUUUUAAAACAAUUAGGUGAAAUCAUUGUCUUUAUGAUGUGUGUGAAACUGAUUAUAUAAUGAUUGUAUAUGUAUGAUUGUUAAAUUCAUUUUAACUUGAUUAAAACAGUGAGCUGUUAAUGAAAA